UUCACCUUUGGGAGUGGUCGUGUGAGAGUGACUCGAUAGAUGAAGGGACAUUAAGAUAAUGCGGUGUUACAGUGAUUUGGAGGUUAAAGUGCUUGCUGAACAGGGACAGGUUGUUAUAAUUAAUGACGAUAAAGUGUACGAUGUAACUGAUUUCGUCGAAAGACACCCCGGUGGGAAACAUUACCUGCUCGAUCAUGUGGGUGAGGAUGUGACGAAUCUCAUGUCGGGGGAGUCGCCCCACCAACAUACACCGGCCGCUAUGACCAUUCUCAAGAAAUACUGUAUCGGACAGUACAAACAUUACCAGGGCAAAAAUGGCUUGAAACAUCGGGAAAUAAAUGGCAAUGUAAAAAAUGGAAUUGUUAAAAAUGAAAACCUGAGCAAGGAUGAGCAUCAAUUAACCACAGACUAUUCUGAUGAAAUGGAGAAGUUGGUGGACUGGGACAAGCCCAUGAUAGCUCAAGUCGCCGACCUGGGUGACCGGUAUUUUGAGUGGGUCCAUUACCCUGAGGACAAGCACCUCCGCCUUUUCAAAUCAGACUUCGUCGAGUAUUUUUCUAUGUGUCCGUGGUAUGUGGUGCCCAUUUACUGGGUGCCCGUGUUGUUUUUAUUCCUCAUCAAGUCCUACCACCUCCUGUCCGAGGCCCCGUGUAUAUUCCCAGACUCUCAAUAUGGUAUAGAAGUAACACCGAGGUACAUGCCUCUCAUAUUUAUGCUGGGAUUGAUCAGUUGGACGUUGGACGAGUAUGUUAUUCAUCGGUGGAUGUUCCAUCUCCGUCCGCCCAGCGAUUCCCGUCUGUUAGUCACGAUACAUUUCCUGCUGCAUGGCCAGCACCAUAAGACCCCUCUAGACAAGAAGCGUCUGGUGUUUCCUCCGGUGCCAGCCACUGUGCUGGGAAUCACGCUGUACUCCAUCUAUGCAACAGUAGUGCCACAUGCCAUCACGUUGUCAUUUGCGGCGGGCACGGUGACGGGCUACAUCGUGUAUGACCUGACACACUACUUCCUUCAUCAUGGGCGACCAACAAUGCCUUACUUCAAAUCACUCAAGAAAUACCAUGUAAAACAUCAUUUUGAAAAUCAACAGCUAGGAUUUGGAAUAUCAUCUAAGUUAUGGGAUUAUCCGUUUGGCACCUUAAUUCCGGAUUGUUAAGAUGAUGCAUGUGUACUUAGGCGCCUUCAGCCCUAGAGUUACCUCCCCAUGGUUGGGUUAUGAUGAUACUGUAGGAGCCACGGUCAAUCCUGGAGUCGCUGCCCCUCCCAGGGGGGCUAGACAGUCUGGAUGGUCGGACUAAACAUUCUGCUGAUACAGAUCAAUCAAUGUGCCGCAUCACUCUCACAGGAUGUAGCUAUUUCCUCUGACGUGCCUACCACACUUCCGCCUAGGGAAGGUGUAUAUGCUUAUGUUGUGCAGAUCUUUCUUUUUUCUCACAAACAGAUCUGAAAUGUUAUAUUAAUUCAGGAGAUAAAAAUGCUAUCUUUUGCUAUACAUAUAUAUUUUUGUUUCAUGAAAAUAGCAUAUUACCCCCUAGAAUGUUACCUACUGUCCUGUUUCUGGAAAGUUUUUGGACUAAGAAAGUUACGUAUUACGUAUGACAGGGUCUGUGGAAAAUUAUCCAUAGCCUUGGGUCUGGAAUGUUACGAUUGGAUUUGACCCUGAAAGUUAUUCAAGAAAUAGCCCUAGAAAUACCGUCUGUCUUUGGCCUGGAAAGUUAUUGAAGACCUUGACCUUGGAAAAAGACCUAAGGCCUUGAUCUUUUAUAUCUCUGUAAGCUAGUUGAUAUUGGAUUCUAUUUAUAAUCAAAUCAAACCUCAUUGAAUAUUAUUAAUAUGCAUUUUUUGUGAGUGCAGAUUUUUUUUAUAUUUUUUUGUUUAUCAUCUUUUCUCAUGUUGAAAAUUCAAAAUAUUUUGUGACAAACUAUUUAAGUUUGGUUGAAUUCCAUGGAAUUAUCUAAUAAAUAUUCCAGAAAUACUGCAUUUUUAUUGUACUGGACAUUAUUUCAGGAAUAAGUUUUGAGGGUUGUGUAGCCUGCUCAUUGUACGUGAGUGAAUCCCGUGGCCAGGUUGGAGGUUGUAGGAUAUUACAUUACUUAUGACACUAUGUGUUAGUGACUACAGGGUCGGGAGGUCCUUCAGAUCCCGGUCAAGGUCAUCUGAGUCAAGGUCUUAGCGUCUGCCCAGGUGUAAAGGUCAAAGUUGUAAAGGUCAAAGAGCGUACCAAUUUUUAGCAACAAAAAAAAAGGUGUAUUUGUUUGUAAUUUUAGAUAUUUUCAUAACCAUUUGUUGCUUCAUUACUGAUAAAUAAUGUUGUGCUGUAUUUAUUUGUAAGUUUAUACCAGUAGCAUCACACAUGGUAUUAAUUUAAGUUAAUGUAGGAGAUACACUGGCCAAACACUUUGUAAACUGUACUAGGAAAACACUAACAAAGGUUCUGUUUUGUUAUACAAAAAUCGCUUUCAGUGUGUUUCAUAUAGAUCUGAAUAUAUGAUUUGACAUUUGUGUUCCCAAUUAGAACAUGCCAUUCAUACUUAACAACCCACACACAUUUUUUUUUAUUACACCUUAAAGUGUAAUAUAGUCUUAGAUCCUAGGUUGUUGGAAUAAUAUAGAUCUGUUUAUCCACCAGUUGAGUGUUACACCUUCUAUAUAACUCAUUAACUGACCGAACCUGACCACAAACUGGGGUACAUAUUGGACAGCAGGACUGUGAAUGAAUGAGGUUUGAAGAGCUGUUUCAGAUUAACUUACUAGGGUUGAUAUGAAUGUUUUUUUUUCUGUUUUUGUUGCAGAUGUUUUGUUGUUGGUAAAGGUGGGAGAACUGUCGGUAAUAACUCUUUAUCUUACACUAAGCAGAAUGAUCUUGUGGAGGGGAAAUGCCACUAUAUUGCUUCAAAGAGCUUAAUACUUACCAUAAGGAGUGUUUUCUGAUGCUAGUAUUCAAACAGAAUUCAGUAAAAAUGAAAUGAUACUUCAUGUUGAUAAAUGGCAGAAGUUUUUUGGUUUUAGAUGUAAAUAGUGUAUAUUUUCUAUCUAUAUGUGGGAUUUACAUGUGCUACACAACAAUUAAUGUUCAUAGGUUGUAAGCGUAUUCUCUGUUCGUAUAGAGGAUUUAAAAUUGCUGUACACUACAAAAUUCACUUUCGGCCCCUUUUGGGCCUAGAAACAAUAUUUUUAUCAAGUAUUUUGGAAUGGACUGUAUUUUCUUGUUACGCAAGCUAACAGAUGUAACUGUACAACAUUACAUACUAAUUAUAACUCAAUUAUUUAUCACAACAUCUCAGGCAAGGCUGUUAACCCUCUAAUGGAAAGCAAGAUUGAAUGAAAUCACUAUUGAUACAGUUUUGACAUACUGAAUUUGCUUACCUAUUGUCCAAAAGAUGCUAGCUUUAAUAUGCCAUAUAAAUAUCUCAUGUUUUAUCAAAGUUGAACAUCCAGCUACUUCCAAAGAGUUGUUACUGUAAUUCAGUAUACAACAAGUUUACCCUAUGAAGGUUUGAGCAAGACUAAAACGAUUAACAUUUAGAUGAAUGAAUUUCGCUGUAUACUAUAAACAUACAUGUAUUAGUGUGUAGUGUUAAUAGAACAUUAACUGGUGGUUUCUAAAGAAAUCAUUUCAAAUGAGUUUCACUGUUUAUGAUUUCUAUAAAACAACCUUUAGCAAUAUCAAAGUUUUACUUCAUAAACAAACAAUAUUAAUGUACAUAUUUAACAUCUCGUACAUUUCAAGACUGA